AUGUCCAAGGACCAGAGCAAUCUCGGGCAGUACAAGUAUGCGGCCAUGUCGAACUUGGUCCUGCAGGCCGACAGGCGCCUCAUAUCGCGUCGGCCAGAUGAGCAUACUGGCGAUCCUGAGUCGCUCGCAGGUCGCAUCAACAUUAGAGACAUGGGCGGGCGCACAGCGCGCGACAGCGCGAAUGCGCAAGCAAAGAAGCUCAAGGGGCCUGGCGUUGAGCGAGGAAAUCUGAAUGAGGGUGGCGAUGUUCUUGAGAGAGAGCAGCGCAAGAGGAAACGGGACGACGGCACCAGUGGUUUUGGAGCGAUCGCGACGGCCGACCUCAACAUCGAAGGCCUCACAUACAAGCCGCGGACUCCUGCAACGCGCCAGACUUUCGACCUCAUCACAACCAUUGUGAGCAGAUCUCUUGGCGACGUUGAUCCUGCGACUACACGAAGUGCAGCCGAUGCGGUCCUCGAAUACCUCAAGGAUGAUACCAUGAAGGACUUUGACAAGAAGAAAGAGGUGGAUGAUCUUCUUGGUACCUCGAUGGGCGCAAAGGAGUUUAAUGAGUUGGUGAACCUUGGCAAGAAGAUUACCGAUUAUGAUGCACAAGACGACGAGGAAGGUGGUGAUGAGGAGAUGGCAGACGGCGAUGGUGCUGACGCCGGCGACAACCAGGGUGUAGCUGUUGUUUUCGACGACGAAGAGGAGGACGAAGACGGGCCUCAAACAUUCGAAGUGCGAGAUGCCGAUACAUCAGACGAGGAAGAUGAAGCAGAGGCUCCUGUAGAGCAGAUUGGAGAAGACCAGGACCAAAAAGGUGGAGGCUUUGCGGAAACAGAGGAGACGAUAAUACAGGGCGACACCGUUACCUCAGACCGCAAGAACGGCGCAGACCAACUUAUACCCGCACACGAAAUCGAUGCGUACUGGUUGCAACGGCAGAUCGGACAAAUAUACGAAGAUGCGCAUGUUCAGCAAGAAAAGACACAGGACGCGCUCAAGUUCCUUGCAGGAGUCUCGGAAGAUGGCGAGGAGAAGGAGCUCCGUGAGAUCGAGAACGAUCUGAUGGACCUCUUCGAUUACGAACAUCACGAGCUUGUUGCGAAACUCGUUCUCAACCGCGACAGGGUCGUUUGGGUAACAAGGUGGCGGAGGGCUGCCGAGGACAACGAUGAGCGAACAGCCGUCGAACGGGAGAUGAAGGCUGCAGGUCAGCAACGGAUCCUACAAGAGCUUCGCGCAAGAGAGACCGGUAUCAAGGCUGAGGAUGGGUCUGAAACUGGCACUGGCAAGAUGAAGUUCAACCUCAAGGACAUCAGUCUUCCAGAGACCUCAAACGAUGUGGAGAUGGCUGAUGCAAAACCAGAGGGCAUUGUGGGUGGCCUGCAACCAUCGAGCCGACUCGUGAAUCUGGACAAUAUUGUUUUCGACCAGGGCAACCAUCUCAUGACAAACGCAAGUGUCAAGCUGCCCCAAGGAUCUACACGACGUCAAUUCAAGGGUUACGAGGAGAUCCACGUACCUGCACCAAAAGCGAAGCGUGACCCCAACGAGCCAGCUCUGAUGCCUACCUCUGAGCUACCAGACUGGGCGCGACCAGGUUUUGGUAGCUCGAAGUCGCUCAACCGUAUCCAAACAAAGUGCUUUCCCACAGCGUUCAACGACGAUGGCAACAUGUUAAUUUGCGCUCCCACUGGUUCCGGAAAGACUAACGUUGCGAUGUUGACAAUGCUUCGCGAGAUUGGCAAGCACCGAAACCCCACGACUGGAGAAAUUGCUCUGGACGAUUUCAAGAUCAUUUAUAUUGCCCCCCUGAAGGCUCUCGUCGCUGAACAAGUUGGUAACUUUGGCAAACGUCUGGAGCCAUACGGCAUCAAGGUUUCCGAGCUUACUGGUGACCGCCAACUCACCAAGCAGCAGAUCGCAGAGACACAGAUCAUCGUCACCACCCCUGAGAAGUACGACGUCAUUACCCGCAAAGCUACCGAUACCAGCUACAUCAAUCUUGUUCGCCUGAUUUGUAUAGACGAAAUUCAUCUUCUGCAUGAUGACCGUGGUCCUGUCAUCGAGAGUAUCGUCAGCAGAACUCUACGACGUAGCGAACAGACUGGAGAUCAUGUUCGCAUUGUGGGGUUGAGUGCGACCCUUCCCAACUACCGCGAUGUUGCGAGCUUCCUGCGCAUUGACCCAGACAAGGGCCUGUUCCACUUCGACGCUACCUUCCGACCGUGUCCGUUAAAGCAAGAAUUCAUCGGUGUCACAGACAAGAAGGCCAUCAAGCAACUGAAGACGAUGAACGACGUCUGCUAUACCAAGGUCCUGGAACAAGUUGGCGGAAAAGGUAAUCAGAUGCUUAUCUUCGUGCACUCCCGAAAGGAAACAGCGAAGACUGCCAAGUACAUCCGUGACAAGGCACUCGAAGAAGAAUCUAUAGGCAAGAUUCUUCGGACAGAUGCUGCCAGUCGGGAGAUCUUGAGAGAAGAAUCUGAGUCGGUUCAGAAUACUGAUCUGAAGGACGUGAUGCCUUACGGCUUCGGUAUCCAUCAUGCGGGUAUGUCGCGAGCGGAUCGUACUACAGUAGAAGAUUUGUUUGCCGAUGGUUCCAUCCAAGUUCUCGUAUGCACAGCGACAUUGGCUUGGGGUGUCAACCUGCCCGCGCAUACCGUCAUCAUCAAGGGAACGCAGAUCUACUCCCCUGAAAAGGGUAGCUGGGUCGAACUCAGCCCUCAGGAUGUCCUUCAAAUGUUGGGUCGUGCCGGUCGACCUCAAUACGAUACUUAUGGAGAGGGUAUCAUCAUUACCACACAGUCUGAGAUCCAGUAUUACCUAUCGCUACUCAACCAACAACUGCCUAUUGAGUCGCAGCUCAUCAGCAAGCUCGCAGAUAAUCUCAACGCCGAGGUCGUUCUCGGUAACGUGCGCAGCAGAGACGAAGCGGUAGAUUGGCUCGGCUACACAUACCUUUUCGUCCGAAUGCUUCGAUCGCCGGCUCUGUAUCGGGUUGGAGCAGAAUACGAGAACGACACCGUACUGGAGCAAAGACGUGUGGAUCUUGUUCACGCUGCCGCACACAUCUUAGAGAAGUGCAGUCUUAUCAAGUAUGACAGAAAGACUGGUGCGCUCAACCCGACCGAACUUGGAAGGAUUGCCUCCCAUUAUUACAUCACACACAACUCGAUGGCGACAUACAACAUGCACAUCCAACCGGGUAUCAGCGCUAUCGAGCUAUUCCGAGUCUUCGCUCUCAGUGAGGAAUUCAAGUACAUUCCCGUACGUCAAGAUGAGAAGCUCGAGCUUGCGAAGUUGCUGGGCAAAGUCCCUAUUCCGGUCAAGGAGGGUGUCGAAGAAGCACAAGCGAAGAUCAAUGUUCUUCUCCAAGCUUAUAUCUCUCGCCUCAAGCUUGAAGGAUUGGCACUAAUGGCUGACUUGGUCUACGUCACGCAAUCUGCUGGGCGUAUUCUUCGUGCCAUCUUCGAGAUCUGCCUGAAGAAGGGUUGGUCACAAGUUGCAAAGCUCGCUCUAGACAUGUGCAAGAUGGCUGAAAAGCGUAUGUGGCCGACCAUGACGCCUCUUCGCCAAUUCCCCACCUGCCCCAGAGAUAUUGUACAGAAGGCAGAGCGUAUCGAUGUUGGCUGGUCGAGUUACUUCGGCCUUGAUCCACCUAGCAUGGGUGAACUAUUGGGUAUGCCCAAGGCUGGUAAGCUUGUCUGUAGUUUAGUGGAGAAGUUCCCACGCCUCCAGAUUGAAGCGACACCGCGACCAGUAACAAGGUCGCUACUACGCCUGGAGCUGACAAUUCGACCUGACUUCGUUUGGGACACAGAGCUGCACGGCGCUUCUGAAGCAUUUUGGAUUCUGGUUGAGGACUGCGAUGGCGAGCAAGUAUUGUUCCAUGACACCUUCAUUCUCAGACGGGACUACUCAGAUGGCGACGCCAACGAACAUCUGAUGGAGGUGACAGUGCCCAUCGAUGAGCCUAUGCCUCCGAAUUACUUCAUCACCGUUCUGUCCGACCGAUGGAUGGCAUCCGAGACCAAGCUUGCUGUCUCUUUCCAGAAGCUGAUUCUGCCAGCAAAAUUCCCUGCUCACACCCCCGUCCUUGAUCUCCAGCCUUUGCCAGUUUCUGCUCUGAAGAGGAAGGAAUACAUGGGGUUGUACGAGAACAUUGGACGCUUCAACAAGGUUCAGACACAAACUUUCAAUACCCUGUAUACGACCGAUGACAAUACCCUGGUUGGUGCAUCGGCAGGUAUUGGCAAGACCAUUUGCGCUGAAUUCGCCAUCUUGCGACACUGGGCUACUAACAACGAAGGGCGCAUUGUCUACCUUGCACCAUUCCAGGAGCUUGUAGACAACCAGUACAAGAACUGGAACGAGCGGUUGACAAGUCUCAGUGGAGGCAAGGACAUUGUCAAGCUCACUGGCGAAACCACAGCAGACCUCAGAUUGCUCGAGAGGGGUGAUCUUAUUCUGGCCACACCUUCACAAUGGGACUCACUCUCUCGUCAGUGGCAGCGCCGCAAGAACGUGCAGUCUGUUGCUCUGUUGAUUGCUGAUGAGUUGCACAUGCUCGGUGGUACGAACGGUCAUGUCUACGAGAUCGUCGUCUCUCGCAUGCAAGCGAUGGCGACACAGCUAGAGUCUAAGCUGCGCAUUGUCGGAUUGAGUGUGUCUUUGUCCAAUGCACGAGACAUCGGCGAAUGGAUUGGUGCUACUAAGCACACAAUUUACAACUUCAGCCCGGCUAUCCGAGCAGUACCGCUCGAGUUGAAAAUUCAGUCCUUCACAAUUCCCCAUUUCCCAUCCUUGAUGAUGGCUAUGGCAAGACCGACCUACACUGCUAUUACGCAGAUGUCUCCGGACAAACCAGCCAUGGUCUUCGUCCCGAAUAGGAAGCAAGCCCGGAACUCCGCUGCUGAUCUCUUCAACGCUUGUGUAGCCGACGAGGAUGAGGACCGUUUCCUCAAUGUCGAGGUUUCUGAGAUUCAACCAAUCCUUGAAAAGAUCAACGAGCAAGCACUUGCUACGUCCUUGUCGCAUGGUAUUGGAUACUUCCACGAAGCUCUUAACUCCUUCGACAAGAAGGCUGUGCAGCAUCUCUUCAAGGUUGGCGCUAUCCAGGUCCUCAUUGUAUCGCGUGACUCUUGCUGGGAGAUCGACAGUAGUGCUCAUCUUGUCGUUGUUCAAGGCACUCAGUUCUACGAAGGCCGCGAACAUCGUUACGUUGACUAUCCCAUUAGUGACAUCCUGCAGAUGUUCGGCAAAGCUGGUAGAGUCGGACUGGACAAGUCAGCAAAGGGUGUGCUUAUGCUACCUGCGGUGAAGCGUGAGUAUUACAAGAAAUUUCUGAACGAGGCCCUGCCGAUCGAAAGUUAUCUUCCUGAUUACCUCCACGACGCGUUUGUUGCCGAGAUCAGUGCGAAGACCAUCGAAUCGACACAAGAGGCCGUCGAUUGGUCAACGUACACCUACUUCUACCGUCGCCUACUCGCCAAUCCUAGCUACUACAAUCUUCACGACACAUCGCACGAGGGACUGAGUGCACAUCUGUCCGAUAUGGUUGAGCAGACCUUGAAGGAGCUGACCGAUGCCAACCUAAUCGAGCAUGAUGAAGACGAAGAUGCUAUCACGCCGCUGAACCCGUGCAUGAUCGCAGCGUACUAUAACAUCUCGUUCAUCACCAUGCAGACAUUGAUGAUGUCGCUCAACGGCAGGACAAGCCUCAAGGGUGUACUGGAGAUUAUUACAGCCGCCACCGAGUUUGAAGAUAUCCAAAUACGCAGGCAUGAAGACCACAUCCUCCAACGCAUCUACGACCGCGUUCCCUUCAAGAUGCAGGAGCCGAACUUUGAGACGCCACAUUUCAAGGCUUUCGUACUUCUCCAGGCUCACUUUUCACGCAUGCAGCUCCCUAUCGAUCUGGCCAAGGACCAAGAAACCGUCCUUCGAAAGGUUCUCAACAUCCUCAGCGCAAGCGUGGACGUUCUUUCAUCCGAGGCUCACCUCAAUGCAAUGUCCGCUAUGGAGCUCUCUCAAAUGGUUGUCCAAGCAAUGUGGCAGAAGGACUCCCCCCUCAAGCAGAUACCCCACUUCGAUGCCGACACCAUCAAGGCAGCGCAAAAGUUCAGCAUCAACGACGUCGACGACUUCAUCAAUGCCAUGGACGAAGACGAGAACCCAGAUUACAAAAAGCUCAUCUCAGCCCUCAACGUCGACCAACGCCAACUCGCCGACAUCGCAAACUUUACAAACAACUUCUACCCCAACAUCGAGAUCGAGCACGAACUCGUCGAUCCUGAAUCCAUCGCUUCCAACUCGCCCGCCCAGCUCAAGGUGCGCAUCAUACGCAACAUUGAGGAGGACGAGGAACCUAAGAUGGAGGUUCACGCACCGUUCUAUCCUGCCGACAAGACGGAGAGCUGGUGGCUGGUCGUUGGAGACCAGAAAGAACGCACGUUGCUUGCGAUCAAAAAGGUGCCUAUCAUUAGGAAGUUGGAGACUGUACUUGAAUUCACGCUCGAGAAGCCGGGCCACCAUGAGUUGACUUGCUUCCUGGUCAGUGAUAGCUAUCUUGGUGUGGACCAGGCGCCUAGCUUCGAGGUUGAGGCUGCAGAGGGUAUGGACGAAGACAGUGACGAAGAAGAGGAGGAGGAGUAG